CGUUAACCACAAGGGAGCUCAUGAACAGAGACGGGGGGAGAGAAAGAAAUGGGGAAAGAAAUUCACGGGCACUCCAAUGUAAAGUAGAGCCAACAGGAGCACGAGGGAACCGAGGAGACCGACCCAACCAGUGCUGCGGCGGCCAUGAUCGGCGGGCAGGCGGCGGACAGCCAGCCGCCGUCGGCGUCGGCGUCCUGCUCCUCGUCGUCCUCGUCCUCGCCGUCGGGCCCCGGGGCCGGGGGCGGCGCCCGCCUCCACCGCAGCAAGAGGCGGCCCGACAUCCUCAACAUGCUCAUGACCGCAGCAUGUCUCAGUACAUCAUCAUCUGAUACUGGAAAAGGACAAAGUAAGUUGUCAAGCAACAAAGUAACACACGGAUUUCACUUAGUGGAAGGAAGAUCUGGCCAUGACAUGGAAGACUACCAUGUAGCAGAGUACAGAUAUGAAAAUGAUCACGAACUUGGUCUGUUUGCCAUUUAUGAUGGCCAUUUGGGAGAUAGCGUGGCCAGUUAUUUGAAAGCUAAUCUUUUUAACAACAUACUGAAAGAGCCUCUCUUCUGGUCGGACCCUCAAGAAGCCAUUAAAAAUGCAUACAGCUCUACAAACAAAUAUAUUCUGGAAAACUCUAAACAACUAGGACCAGGAGGUUCAACAGCAGUUACUGCUAUUGUAGUUGAUGGUAAAGAUUUGUGGAUAGCAAAUAUAGGUGAUUCAAGAGCUGUUGUGUGUGAAAGAGGUACUGCUAAUCAGCUUACUGUUGAUCAUGAACCCCAUACAACUAAUGAACGAAAAAGGAUUGAAAAGCAAGGUGGUUUUGUUUCUACUUUUCCCGGUGAUGUUCCUCGCGUAAAUGGCCAACUUGCCGUUGCAAGAGCUUUUGGUGAUCAGAGCCUCAAGGCACACUUGAGCUCAGAACCGGAUGUUAAGCAUAUACAGAUAAACUCGAGUAUUGAAUUUGUCAUACUUGCCAGUGAUGGAUUAUGGAAGGUAAUGAAGAACCAAGAAGCUAUUGAUCUGGUGAAGUCAACCAAGGACCCACAAACAGCAGCGAAGCGACUAACGUCCGAGGCCCUGGGGAGGAUGAGCAAGGACGAUAUCUCAUGCAUCGUCAUCCGGUUCCGAUGCUGAGUCUAUCUCGGACCAUCCAUCUACAGAGUCUGGACCUGUCACAUUCCGCCUUAUCUACAUCCACGGAAUUGUCUCCUCCUAUACCAGGUCUGGGUACAUUGUAGCUGGUGAAGUCUGGAUCUGUCGCAGCUCAGAACCAGAGUGGGCAGAUUCUUGACCAAAUGAAAACUGUUGGGUUGGGUGUUUUCAGCCUCUGUAGGCUGUUUUUUUUCUUCUUCUUGUGCAUAUAUAUACACACGUUAGAAGCAAAAAAAUACUGUCGGACCGGAGACUCGAAAUAAUUAACCGCCCAAAUUGAAGAUGCAAAGACGGUACAGAAUAUAUGUAAGGUUGUAGACUCGUAGUGAUAGUUUGGUGAUUGCUUUUUGUGACUCGUGUGUGUUUGUGUGUAUAUGUAAACAACUUGGGAUAAAGUACACUCUGUUUGUGAGA